CGGCCAUCUCGAUCACUAUGGCAGCCCGCUUGAGCACUCGGGAGGACUACGCUAGCUUGUUGGACAAGUACGACACCUGGCUGUUUGACUGCGAUGGUGUCCUUUGGCAGGGAGACAAGUUGAUUGACGGCGCGACGGACGUCCUGCAGCUACUGCGGCAUCACAAGAAGUCGGUGUUGUUCGUCACGAAUAAUGCGACUAAGUCGAGGAAGAACUACAAGAAGAAGUUCGACUCCCUUGGCGUCGAGGCUCACGUCGAUGAGAUUUAUGGCUCCGCGUUCGCGUCCGCGGUGUAUAUCUCGUCGGUGAUGAAGAUGUCCAAGGACAAGAAAGUGUACGUGAUCGGGAUGGCAGGGCUCGAGGAGGAACUGGACGAAGAAGGUAUCGCGCACAUUGGCGGCACGGACCCAGAGGAUAACACCCUCGAGAACUUCUCCCUUGCGAAGUGGACACCAGACCCCUCCGUCGGGGCGGUCUUGUGCGGGCUCGACACCUCUAUCAACUACACGAAGCUGUCGAAGGCGUUCAACUACCUUCUCCGCAACGAAGGCUGCCAAUUCCUCGUCACCAACGAGGAUAGCACGUACCCUACCGCAGAGGGCUUGCUCCCCGGUGCAGGGUCGGUCAGCGCCCCGCUCCGCUAUGCACUGGGGAGGGAGCCCGUAGCGAUCGGGAAGCCUAAGAGCACGAUGCUCGAUUGCAUCAAGGCUAAGCACAACUUCGAUCCGAAGCGAACGAUCAUGGUGGGCGACAGGCUGAACACCGACAUCGAGUUUGGCAAGGCCGGCGGGCUAUCGACGCUCUUGGUGCUGAGCGGUAUCACGAAGGAAAGCGAGAUCACGGGCCCGAAUGCGUCGCCCACCGUGCCAGACUACGUUACAGGGUCGAUUGGCGAUCUCCGGGCAUUGAUUUCCUAGUGUCUCUUGGUUACGCGGAGAAUACGGGGAGGCGAGUUCGAGAAGCUCAAGCUCGAUACUCGCUCCCGCAGAGAAGGCCAUAGAUGCAGACAUAAAGGUGUUAAUAUUAGGAUUGUAUAAGUUAAAUGAAUGGUGGGCACAUGUAGAAGCCAGAUCUAGAUGAAGGCUACUGUAGACACCAGGAAACCUGACGUUAUGAAGCCUUGACGUCCGCCGCUUGACGCCGUUGGCGGUCUGCCUGAGCUAGCUCGAGGGUUGCGCUAACCAACAGGGCGAUCAAGGACCCCACGAUGAACCCCGCGAUCGCGCCGAAAGUCGGAGUGAGCGGCCACGCCUGCCAAGGGCGCUCCCAGUCAAGCCCUAUAGGUACUGCGCCCAACCAUGCUCCGGUGACCGUGCCGAUAGCAGGGUAAACCAAAGCCCUUUCGACGGCAGUGCGUGGUGAGAGCUCGGCGUAGAGACGGACCCAUGUAAGCCGACUAACGAGAGAGGGGCUGUCAGAGCCAAAGGAGGGGGGCCCCAAGGCAUAUGCGGGAGGUAGGACAGUGAGAAUAGAAAGAAGGAGGGCCGUGGAGUACGUUUGAAGUGUAUGGCUCGUAACUGGGGCACCAAAUAACACAGCGACUACAUGGUAGGCGAAUGAGGCAACCAGAGUCGUUCCCACUGCCUUACCAUAUGCCACCACGCGCUCCCGCUGAGCCUCCCAUCCGUCUCUCUCCAUUUUCUGUUUCGCAGCUUCCGCAUUGUCUACCUUCCGGGCCCGAGCUGUGAGAGACCACUCCUUGACCCAACCAGCCCACCAGCAUUGGAGGAUGAGCGCGCCCGUGCAGAUCCAAGCCAGUGUCCGUAAGGGAUUCUCAGUGAGAACUUGCAUGAUAUCUCGGUCUUCCGUUCUGCUGGUGAAGUCCCAUCGCGCCAACACUCCGCCAAGAGAUGGCGUAGUUGCAGGCAACAGGAGUGCAGUGAAUGCGAGGAGCGAUGUGUGCACGCCGACAACUGAAGUAUACCGGGCGAAGGGAAAGUACGUGGGCUGUGAGGGGUGCUCCGGUCGGAUUUGCGUUCGAGGGGGCGGGGCUUCCGCCGCCUUUCCCUUUCCUUUCCGCGAGGGCAUGGUGAGUUCAGGACAG